GAGCAUUAACAACAGAGCAUCCAGCGAUGUAUUUUGGACCUUCUUUCAGGAGAUGAUGUGAAACGUGUGAUUAAUACAAUUAAUAUUUUAGUGCUAUCUGAGCUUCCGAUGGUUUAGAAAAGCAUGUUUCAUUCACAAAGGAAGCUAAUAAUCUUUUAAUGCGCUUUUUCAGGCGAAAGAAAGCACUUGAUCCUUAUGUGUUUCUUCCGUCCCCAAGAAGCAUCUGUUUAUCUGAGUAUUGUUAUCUGAUUUCUUUUUCAUCGAUAUUCGAAUGCGAUCGAAAUGGACAUAGCCAUGAAUUUAGUUUACGUUGAUCGAAUGAUAUCAUAUAGUUGGACAUUAUCCUUCUUGUUGUGACUAAUAUCUUUGCCACCAUGUGAUUUCUGUUAUAAAUUCGUUGCUCCGAAAAUGAAAAAUUUAAAUCUUUGUUCCCUGACUUUGCGACGGAAUUUUUUGGGAUGUCCUUCAGAAGUUCACGACCUCCUAUUUGCGGUAGGGGAUGCAUGACGGCUUCUGAAGUAAUCGAUACAAUAGUAGCCGCACUCCGAUCGUAAUACUGACUUGCUGUCUCGUGUUGAAUUGCGGUUUAAUAUUGCAACCAAUGCGUUUGACUUCCGUUAAGAAAAUACUACGUACAUAUGAAUGUUCCAUUAUCUUAAUCUGCGACAGAAUCCUUUCUUUCCUACGAGUGGCAGCUUGCGCAGCUCUUGAAGUAACAUCUAUCUCAUGGACAAGAUCAGAUUUAGUGUAGACAACCUUUUAAAAAAUUCUGAAAUGGUGGCAUUACGCUUCUUAUUCAAGUAAUUUUUGUAAUAACCUAGAAAAGGGUCAGCAUCUGAAGGUUCAAUUAUAGUCCCCCAUGGCCGGAUGCUACGACCAUACAUGGCGUGUCGGUAGCAAUGCUAGGGGGACCAGAUCACAAUUCAGGCUCAACACGCAGAGUAUCCUGCCAUUUAAAUGUCCCUCUCCUCUUCAUCUGCCAGAUGCAAUGGAACUUGGUUCAUCAUCUCAAACAGGUCAUUUAUCACCUAUUCAGGGGACUCUCACACGUACUGUAAGGGAAUAUGAGCAGACAAUAGAUGAACUGAAAAAAGAAAAUUUUGAGUUAAAGUUGCGGAUAUAUUUAAUAGAAGAAGAUGUAGCUAAACACUAUCGUAGGAUCAAUGCUCCUGAUUCUGAUGAUAAGAAUGCUAGUAAUGUUCAUGUGGCUGUGGAUCUAAAAGUAGAAACAGAAAGUUUGCGCAAUGAAUUGAAUGAAAAGAACAAGCUUCUUCAAGAUGCAUUGGACCAAGCUGAGAAGUAUGCAUCUGAUUUGAAAGAGUUGCAGGAUGAAUAUGUUCAAUUACAAGCACAAUUUUCUUCAUUUACUGAGGGUCCAUCGCUACAAGAUCUUGAAUUACUAGAGGAUAAAAAAGAAAAUCUUCUGAAAGAAACAGAAUAUCUGAAAGGCCUACUUUCUGAGAAAGAUAAGGAAGUAGAAGUUGCUAAUUCCAGAGCAGAAGAAUUUGAAAAUCAAGUUCAAGUAUUGAAAGAAAAAGUUAAAAAAAGCAGUAUGGCAAUCCAAGGGCUUGUAUGUAAAUAUCAUAAUGAUGUUGAAAUGAUUCCUAAAGAACUUCGUCCUAUCAUUCAGUCUGCAGUAACAGCUGCAAACAAUGAAAACCGAGAGGACCUUGCUGCUGCAAUAGAAAAUUUUAAAGCAUCUCUAAAUCAAUUAAUGCCCACGCCACCUGAAAUUUGUGAUAGCAGUUCUGAACGUAGCAGAAGUAAACAUGAAAGUUCUCAAUUAGAGGUCAGUGACACGCAUGGACAUACACAAGCAAUAUCAUCCUUGAAUGCAAGUGAAAGCAAAUAUGUCUAUAAUGAAAAGUCAGAUUCUCUUCUUUCAGAAAGCAGAAGUUUAAACCAUUCCCAAAAGGCAGAGAAUAUAUCAGUUGAUUUAUCAGCUGUGCUAAAAGAAAAUGAAGAACUGAAAUCUGAAAUUGAAGAGAAGUUAGCAACUAUCAAUGAUCUAACUGCAACAUGUAAUGAUUUGGAGCAAAGAACUAUUCAGUUACAAACUGAAUUACAUGAUGCCAUAGAAAAAGUGAAGCAAUAUGAAAUGAAGCCUAGGGAAGAAAAGGGCAAACAUUUGAGCCCUUUGUUAAAAACCAGUACAUAUACCCAGACUUGUGUACAGUGGCAUUUGUUGCAGUCAAAUAUAUCAGAGAAGUCACUUAUUAAUGCUGGUCAUACAAAUAACAUUGAUGAACUGAAAGAAGAGAUUCUAACUUUAUUACUAGUCAUUGAACAAAAAGAUAAAGAAUUAUCUGAUAUGAAGCAGGAAUUAGAUACUGUACAGGACUAUGUGAAAGAAAGGAAGGACUUGCUUGAACGGCUAGCAUCUUCUUGUUCUGUUAAUAAUGAACUUAUGAGACAUUUGAGGAAGUUAGGAAAUUUUCUGGAAGAUCUUUUGCAAAAUAAGAGUUUUGAUGCCAGUAGUCUUGAAAAUAUAAGUGAAACAUCUGAAUUUUUAUCUCAGUUAUCUAGGUGCCUUGAUGAGAGCUUAAAAUUAUCUCAUGUAUUGUCUGAUAACCUAUCCAUGUCUGAAACUAGAAUUAUAGAUUCUGAUAUAUCAGUGAGUAAAGACAAUGUAUUUGGUGCUAAAAGUUUAAGUUAUCCUCAUUUGCAUUCUUCACUAACUGGGCAAGCACUCCAAGAACUAUCCAUUUUACCAGAUGAAGGUAGGAAUUUUCAACCAUCUUACCAGGAAUCCUUCAAAAAUUUUGCUGGAACAGGCAAGAGAAGGUGGUCUCUUUCUGCUCAGCAUAAUUCUGUGAAAAACAGCUCAGUGAUGAAUUCAGAAAAUGUUAUUGUAUUGAGAACUAGCAGCAAUGAGGAUUUGAUAUUGCUUUUGAACAAGAAUGGAGAUCCAGCUGAUGUGCUUCUCAGAAGUAAACAGUCUCAUCUUAAUCAAAACAUAAUCCCUCCUGUAUUAGGUGAUGGAGACCAACUUCGCAGGCGAUGUUUGGAAAAUAACUCCAUGCUUAAUACAACUUACUGGAAUUCUCAGACAUCUAACUUCCAUCAGUAUGCUGGAGAUUUGUGCAAUGUUGAAAACAAAGAUGCCAAAUCAAAUGUUGCAUGGUAUAACCAGUGUUUGUCUUCCGAUUCUGAUAUCUGGUCUGAGCCAGACAGAGAUAUUUCAAUGCAAAGGAUUGGUAUUGAUGUAAAAACUUCACCAACUGCCCAAAAGUCUCCACGUAGAUCUCGGUUCAAGGACAGAAGGACAACAGAGGAGCUUAGUUCUGAAAAAAAUACUUCAAAUAAUGGAAGUUUCAAAAUUCAGUCUUGGUCAAGAAGGCGGCGAAGUGGUGGUACUGCGUCAAAACGCCUAUUUGUGAAAGAGAAUAUGGGAAAAAGAGAUUACAAAUUAGACAAACAUUUCUCUGUGCUUUCUGAAAAAUUUCCACCUUUAUGUUCAUUGAUGGAACAGCUCCAAAAAAUAAAUGAAUCAAAAAAGUCAAGUGCUGUUGAAGAUAUUUAUGAUGAAUUGCAUGGUUUAAUGUCAACUGUAAAUGAAACAUUACUUAAACUUUCAGUUCUAAAAGAAAAUUCCAAGUCAUUAGUAAUAUGUGAGAAAUGUGCUGUACAUGAAUUGUUGUUAGAACUUGAUAAAACACGGAAGAGAAUAUGUGGUUCAGAUGUAUUACAGAAUUUAACGGAAUCUAAUGCAGAAAAGGUUAUUCAUAAGUUUUUAAUGGAAGUAGAUGCUCUAAAAAAGGAAUUAGAAGAACCACAUGCAAUUUUAUCAUCUGGUGCUGAAAGCUCAGAAUAUGAAUCUGGGGCAGCUAAAAAGACUGAGCAGUUUGAUAAUUCAUUUCAGGAUCCGAAUCUAAACAACCUGAAGAACAGACUUAAAGAAGCAGAAGAUGAAAAUAACAAACUGGAGAAUAAAAUAAAGGAAAUGAAAGAAGUAUUUCAAAAAGAAAAGAAUAUUACUGAAAACUUAAAAACAGAAAAGCUUGAAUUAGCAAAUCUUGUUAAUCAACUGAAAGAGGAAAUUUCUGAUUUGAAUGAAAAGAAAAAGGCCCUUAUGUUACAAAAUUCUCAUUUUAAGCAAGAACUAAUAGAAGCAAAUGGAACUAGUGGAAAUUUAAAAAGUGUGAUAAAAGAUCUUGAGACAAAAGUUUUGGAAUCCAGCAAUAUGUGUGAUAGUUUAAAAGAGGAAUUAGGAAAAUCUAAAGAGCAAUUAAUAAAUUUGGAUGCAAAAUGCUAUGAACAAGACUUGAGAAACAGUUCAAAGGAGAAAAGUGAGUUAAAUGAUAUGUUAAAAACUGUUGAAGUUAAUGCUGUAGAAGAAAAAAAUAAAGUUUUAAAUGAUGUUAAAAAGUUAGUUGAUGAAAAGAAUGAUCUUUUAAUGAAGCUUAAAACUGAAAAAGAUAAAACAAAGUUCCUUGAAAAGGAGAAAAUUGAACUGAGUGAUAAGUUAAUUAAAAAUGAGAAAGAAAAUUCAUUACUGCAUGUUUCAAUAAAAGAAUUAAAAGACUCUGUUGCUGUGGUCCUGAAGGAGAAAGAUCUUCUAAAAGCUGAACUGACUUCAUCUAAUUCUGUGUGUGAUGAACUGAGUAAUGAUCUUGUAAAAAUGCGAGAAAAAUUAGAAAAGAUGGAAGUAAAGUGUUUUUCAUAUGAGAAAGACCUUCAGACCUCUUCAUAUGUUAAACAGGAUUUCAUUAAUAAACUUCUACAUUUAAAGAAUGAAAUACUUUUGAAUGUGACUAGGUUAAAUGAUGCAUGCAAAGAGCAUCUGAAGGUGGAAUUGGGAAGUCACAGUAAUGAAGACAGUCCAGAUAAUGUAACUAGAUUUGAUUUGGUUGCUGAUAAUCAAAUUGAAAAUCUGUUUAAAGGUAUCAUUUCUGAAAUCAAUAAGUUUGCAAAGAUAAUUAGGACCCUAGAACAUGUGCUUGAAAAUACUUAUUCUAAAAUUCAGGAAAGCAGAUCCUCUGAAGAGAAACACAAGUUAAAAAUUGAGUUUCUUGCGAAAGAGUUGGAAUCGAAAAAGUUUGACACCGAAAAGCUUAAGAAUGAAAUUGAUAGAUGGAAAUCUGAAGUUGAUGAAAAAGUGCAAAUUAUUCUUGACAAGGAAAAUACAUUAAAAGAAACUAAUCUAAAAAUAGUAUCUUUGAAUGAAAAACUUGGGAAUGCAGAGGAACAAAUUCAGGAAAAGAUAAAACAUUUAAAUUUAAAAGAUGAUGAAUUAACUAAAUUACAAGAAAUAAUUUUCAAUCUUCAGACUCAAAUAAAUAAACUCUUGUCUGAGAAAAUGAAUUUUGAUAACAGACGUUUAAGUUUCUCCAAAAGCGUAAAAGAUGUUGCAACUAGUCCUUCGCAUGAGUUCGGUGUUUUGCAUGAACAAAUGUCAACUGUUCAUCAAGCUGUCGGAACUGAAGAUGAAGUUGGAUUAGGCAAAGCUCAACAGCAGUCAGGAAAUGAUUCUUUUAGUUCUCAGAGUUCUAAGGAGGACAAGGACCUUGAAUCAACUUCUAUGCAUAAAAAAAUUAAUGAGAAGCUUAUAAAAAAGAUUAAAGCCUUGGAAGCUAAGCUGUCCAUGUGUGAAAAACGAGCAGAUAUCUUGGAAAAAGAAAAGAAUGAUUUAAGAAAUAGUGUCUUAGAACAAGUACAUAGCAAUAAAAGAAUAAGUGGUGGGUCAGAAGACUUAAGUCAAAAAAUUACAGAUCUAGAGUUAAAAUUGGAAAAAAAGAAUUCUUUUAUCAAAGAAUUAAAGUCAGAAUUACAUAGAACGUGCAAUUCUCUUGUUGACAAGCAGAAAGAAGUUGAUGACUUGGAGCAAAAACUAUCAGAAUAUGUAAAUAUUGGUCAGAAAUAUGAAACAGAGCAUCGGGAUAUUGCUACUGCUCAUUCAGAAAUAUUACAAUCAAAUACUGAAGCUCAAUUUUUGGAAUUAAGAAGACACAAAUGGGAUUUGAUACAAGAAAUAUUUAAGUUGCAGAAACACUUUUAUGAAGAAAGAGAAAUUCAUGUUGGGCAUUUUGAAAAAUUUAAAAAUUAUAUAAUAACACUUCAUUCACGGCAAAAAUCUUUCCCGUGGAUGAAAUCUGGAAGUGAACCUCUUUUGAAUUCCUUACAGGAUAAAGUUGCUGAUAAUUUAUCACAGAACAGAAUUCUGGAAUAUCUUAAUCUUGAUUUAGAUAUUGAUAUUGAAUGUCUUCAAAAUCUGAAAAUAUUUCUUAAAAGGUUUUUCAUGCCUCAGAUAUCUAAAAAAUCCCAGCAUUCAUUACCAGAAACUAAUGAUCCUAAUUUGGGUGAUACCAGUAUCUCUGUGAAAAAACCUACAGAAAUCAGUGAAAUCUCUAAACAGAGCAAGGAAUUUGAAAAUAUUCUGUGUAAAAAACCAUCUGAAGCAGCAGAUUUUAUUAGAAGCUUCACUGAUGCUGGAUCACAUUCCAAGGAAAACAAGUUAGAAAAUAGUGCUUUGAUUGUGUCGCAAAAACUAGAUUUUGUUGAAAAUACGCUGAAAGGCCUCCAAGCUGAACUGAAACAUUUAAAUGAAAUCCAUUCUUCAGCACAAGAAAUGCCUGCGGAAACUUCUGAAAAAUCAUUGCUAAUGGAACUCAGCGAUAAAAUUGCAAAGCUUCUUGAAAAAUCGGAAGUGUUUACUUUAAAUUCUACAUUAAAAUCGUUACCAAUGUUUAUUAAUAGUGUUCCUUGUAGUCCAACAAAGCAAGACAUGAGUGAUAGAGAAUCUUUAUUAAGUGAAGAAACGAUCACAUUAAGCAGAAGUGGUAGUUUGAGUCCAGUCAGUUUUGAAGAAAAUUUACCCUCAAAGACUAAAACUGUUCAAAUGGCUCAUGUGAAAGAAUCAGAAAAAGGUUUGAAGAGAAAUGUACUGAAUGUCACAGAUGUCCCAUAUAACCAAACAACAGUAGGAAAUUCUCAAGAUUCUGUCUGUCAUCGAUCCCAUUACUCAUCACCAGACUUAGGUAUUGAAUCUGAUCCUAACCAUGAAGGAUCUGCUCCAGAACAGCAGGAAGAAACAAACAGGAAUGAAAGUACUCAGAAAAGCAAACAGAAAAUUGCACGGAUGCAGCUAAAAUCUAUGCAUAGUUAUUCACCAAAUGAGGCUAGAUUGAAAAACAUCCCGAUAUCUUUAGGUGUUGGAGAUACUUUACAUGCAAUUGGUAUCCUUCAAGAGUAUGAACUUUUAAAAAGGGAAGUGCAGGAGGGUUUGGUUGGAAUACAGAGUGUCUUAUCUAGAACUGGCGAUGGUUUACAUCAUAUAGCAAAAUACACAUCACCCCGAAAGAACUUGGAAUACAGUACUUUGAAAGCUAUUAAGGACACUUGUGCCAAUAUUGAAGUUUGUCUGAGAGAAGCUUACAAGCUGGUUAACAACUUUUGGAUUGCCCCUUGCCCAUCUGUCCAAGAAUGGAAUAUUCUAAUACAACAGAAUCAGGAGCAAAAUGAACAACUUACAAAGCUGAAAACUUCCAUGGAUGAACAAGAAAAAGCCUUCAAAGAUGCUUUGGAAAAAUUAAAACUUGCUGAGCUCCGGAAAGAAAGUAUGGAGAGGAAGAUAUCAAAAAAAUUGGUGAAAACAAAAAAGAUUAUUCGGCAAGCUGAACUGAAAUUGCUUGAAAAGCAAUGCCAAAAUCUUCCAUUUGUGAACAAAUAUAAUCCAGAAGAAGCUGCUUAUGAAGGAACACUAUGAAACUAAAUUACCAGUCUUACAGUACUGUGAUUGAUAGUUUAUCUCAGAUAACAAGAGGCACAGCCUUUAUUCAUUCCAAAAACUCCCACUGUUUUGAAAUAAAAUUUGAUAGUUGCUCUCUUUUGUACAAGAAUUCUUUAUAUAGGAAUGCAAAUUGUGAAGUAUUAGAUGCAUUUGCAAUACACUUUUGUAUUAAUUAUCCCUCCAAGUGGCAACAGCUUCUAAACUAUUAAUAUAUUGGUCUUAUGCAACAUUUAAUACCCAGUUCUGUAUAUGUUGCUUCACUAUUGUUUUAAACUUCAUAUAUCAAGACUACUCUCUAAUUUAUUAAAAAAUAUUUUUUACAGAAUAACAAUGCAAUUUUAUGAUUGGAUGCACUAGCUGUGCCAUUGAGAGGGUUAAUUUGUAAUAUAAAAUUAAAUCAAUGUAUUAAGUAUAAGUCAUUGUGCCAAAAUGCCAAAAAAAAUUUGAUGCCAAUAUUUUUCCACUAUCUAUGCCAUUUUAAAGCUGAAGAAAAUAUUUUUUGGUAAAUUGAACUUUUUUCUCAAGAAAGUAGCUCUUUCAAAUUUAUUGUUUAAAUGGAAUAUAAUUUCAAAAAAAAAAAAAAUAUUGCACAGUUUACUUAUGGGAGAAUGUUUUUAUUGCAUUUUCAUAUUUGUCAACUUUUUCAAGCAUUUAUGUAUAUAUUAUCAUGUGAAAGAUAUGGUGUAGUAUAAAGUGUAUGAAUGAAAAGUGUACAUGGAGUCUCAUUGAUUACUGAGAAUAAAGUAAUUUUAUGCAUUUUAA